UUUUUUCAUUCUUUGUUAUUGGUAUUAUUAUUGCAAUGAAGCUCCUAAUAUUUUUACUCCUUACAGUACUUUUAAUAAACAUAACGAAUGGAAGUAAAACUUGUCCGGAAAAUGAAGUUUUUGAAGAAUGCCAAAGCAGUUCUUGCAGAGAUCUUCCUUGUGGUGUAAAAAAGGCCUCCUUUUGUACAGCUGAUUGUGUUACAGGUUGUUUUUGUGCUGAUGGAUAUGGAAGAAAAAAUCGUAGGGAUAAAUGUGAAAAAUGUUAAUUUUUAAUAUAGGUACCUACUUAUGUAACUAGGUAGAGCUGAAAUUGGUUUUAGUUUAGUUUAGUUUUAGUUCUAAUCAAUUGAAAUAAAUUUAUUCAGACUUUUAUAAUUUUUUUAAUCGCGAGACAUUGACCUCGAUGUCUGCGUUUUGUGCAUCGGGUUCUGUGAUUAGGCAACUCAACUAACAGCAUUUGCAAUAACACAAGAUUGUUUUUUGCAAACAAAUCAAAUAAUUUUAAUAAUUAUAAACUAAGUUGCGUUUAUAUAAUCUUUAAGUUCUUAAAUUAACCUGGAUUUUAAAGUCAACCCUAUUUCUUUAGUUUGUCAACCUUGGUAGGUUAUUUUAUUUUAUCAUGUUUGUCACAGUGGAUUUUAAUAUUUGUGUUUUUUUGAAAUUGUAUUUGAAAAAAUCAGAAGCAGAAG